GUCCAAAUCCAGAAAACAGCUCGGGAUGUGCUGCCGUGCCCACGGCGCGCUGCCACCCGUAGGUCACCGCAUUUCUUCACAAUAGAAAAACUAGCGCCGGCUGGAACCAUCAGCAUCAGCGGCGGGAGUCGCAUCUCGUUUCUCUUUCAGCUCUCCCUCGGAUGAACUCCGCCGCCGUAUCCUCUCCCUUCAACUUCAACCCCUGGAUUCUGACUCUGAUCGGAGCUCACAAAACCAAAGCUGGACUCUGAUCGGAGCUCACAAAACCAAAGCUGGACUCUGCUCUGUUUCUCACGCAGACGCAGCGGUAGUUCCUCCAUCCCCUUGCCUUCGUGGUGGGCUGUGGACAGUGGACAGGAUGCAAGGGGAGGAUCGCCAGGUGCCGGUGUACGCGUCGGGCAUCCAGGUACUCGAAAAGCUUCAAGAGAAAUGGGAAUCCACCCAGCGACGGUACCCAGCAAUGUACUCCAGUGUCGUUGGUGGCAUCAUCCUUGAUCCAUCCAUGAUGGUGAUCCCCAUCGACGACCACAUGGUCCACCGAGGCCAUGGCGUCUUCGACACCGCCACCAUAUUUGAUGGAUGCUUGUACGAGCUGGAUUCACACCUGGACCGGCUGCUAGCAUCUGCAUCCAAAGCAAAGAUAGACCCACCAUUCCCGCGCGAGACGAUGCGAGGAAUUCUGAUCCAGAUGACCGCAGCCUCCGGAUGCAAGGACGGCUCGAUCAAGUACUGGCUGAGCGCCGGCCCCGGCGACUUCCUGCUUUCCCCGACGGGCUGCACGGGACCCGCGUUCUACGCCGUCGCCAUCGCCGCCUCCGCCGCAACUCGCCGCUCUCAGCAGAACGAUGGCGUCAGGGCGAUCACCACCACCGUGCCGAUGAAGCACCCGUUCUUCGCGGGGAUCAAGAGCGUCAACUACCUCCCGAACGCGCUGGCGCUGGUGGAGGCGGAGGCGCGGGGCGCGUACGCGCCGGUCUGGGUCGACGAGGACGGGUGCGUCGCGGAGGGGCCCACGAUGAACGUCGCGUUCGUGACGGCGGACGGGGACCUGGUGCUGCCGGCGUUCGAGAAGGUCCUCAGUGGGUGCACGGCCAAGCGGCUGCUCGCGCUUGCGCCGAGGCUGGUCGAGGCCGGGCUUCUCAGGAGUGCCGGAGACGCGAGGAUCUCUGCCGACGAGGCCAGGCGGUGCGCCGAGAUGAUGUUCGUCGGGAGCGGGCUGCCGGUGCUGCCGGUCGUCGAGUGGGACGGCCAGCAAGUUGGGGAUGGGCGAGUUGGGAAGGUCAGUCUUGCCCUGUCUGAAUUGCUCCGGGAUGACAUGAAGUCUGGUCCAGAUAGGAUUCCCGUUCCUUACAGUUAACGAGAGACUAGGAUUGCUCUGCACCAAAGAAAGAACAGACAUCAGGGAUCGAUGCUAAUUUUGUGCUUUAACAAGUACAAACAAGGCUGUUCUAUACUUUUACUUUCGAGGUCCCUGAUUUCUUGAAGGACAAAAAGGGCACUCUUUUUUACACUCUGGAACUGAAUGAGGUUGAUGCUUCUGCAGAAGAGCAGAGCAGUCAGAACAGUUGUUGUUUUCUUAAUCUGUAAAUUGAUCUCUGUUUCUCU